GAAUCACGAUACAGAAGCGUUAUCACAAAUGAUUAUAAAAUAUUUAAAAUAACCGAAUCAGGUUUCAUACAACAUUUUUUCUUAUCAGCUUAACUCAUUGUUCGAAAUCUACGACAAACACAUUUUCAAUAGUGCUGUCGCCGGGUUUUUUGAAGCUGCACGUAGUGUAACCUCGAAUUAGGACGUAGAGUUGCUCUGGUAUCUCGAACUCAUCGUUUCUUGUCAUUUAUACUCUAUUGCUGGUUUAUUAAUCGUUGUAUCUACUUCACCGCGCAAAAACUUAAAUCCGCUGACCUAUUUCGCAAGACCUCUUGGGGGCCUUCCGGGUGAUGCAAUAAGUAGCAAAUAUCCAACUACAGGGGGUCUUGCAUUUUUCACUCUCAACGUCAAUAACAGAACUACUACGUCUGAAGCUGAUAAAACCGUCUCACAUUGCGUCUGAUAUCGAAAUUGUUAUUAAGCAAUUACUCCGUGAAACGUGAACGGGUAUGGGAGAAAGAGGCUGGAGAGAUUGGAGACCCUUUGUGUAUGGGGGACUGGCAUCAAUUGUUGCCGAAUUUGGCACAUUCCCAUUGGACACAACAAAAACUCGCUUACAGGUACAAGGACAAAAACUGGAUCAGAAACAUGCGUCUCUUAGAUAUUCUGGCAUGACAGAUGCAUUGGUGCAAAUAUCAAGACAAGAAGGAUACAGAGCUUUAUAUUCUGGGAUAAGCUCGGCUGUACUGAGACAAGCUACAUACGGUACAAUAAAAUUUGGAACCUACUAUUCUCUCAAAAAAGCGGCAACUGAUAAGUGGGGAACGGAUGAUCUAGUGGCAAUAAAUAUCGUGUGUGCAGCUGUUGCUGGAGCAUUUUCAAGUGCAAUAGCUAACCCAACAGAUGUAGUAAAAGUUCGUAUGCAAGUCAGAGGAGUUGAAGCAAAUGUUUCAUUGUUCAGUUGCUUUCAAGAAGUUUAUCAGAACGAGGGUAUUCGAGGUUUGUGGAAGGGAGUUGGACCAACUGCUCAACGAGCUGCGAUAAUUGCAGCUGUGGAGCUUCCGAUAUACGACUGGUGUAAACAGAAAUUAAUAGGCACAGUUGGUGACAGUGUAGCGAAUCACUUUGUGUCAAGUUUUAUCGCCAGUAUGGGGAGUGCUGUAGCUUCUACCCCCAUAGAUGUUGUGAGGACUCGUUUAAUGAAUCAAAGGCGAGUUCGUUUGGCUUGCGGAGGUCUGUCAGCUAAUAUUUACGCGGGUAGCAUUGAUUGUUUUGUUCAGACUGUGAAAAAUGAAGGCUUCUUCGCCCUGUAUAAAGGAUUCAUACCGACAUGGUUUAGAAUGGGUCCUUGGAACAUAAUAUUUUUCAUUACGUAUGAACAGUUGAAACAUUACUAAUCAAGUGUGAAAUGCUCAAUACUGGAGUUGUAGCAUCUGCACUAGUUCUUCAACUUGAUCGUCUUUAUAAUCAUCGUCAUCGAAAUAAGGUUCCACAAAUAUUAGAGUGCUUAACACAGUUGUGGCGUUGUCUAUAGGCGGAGUUCCAAGACACAUACUGUUGGUCGUCUGCUUUGUGUAAAUAAUGUUGAAAGAAAUAGCGGACAGCCUGUUCUCUUUUGAAGGAAUCUUUGUCUUAUUUCUGGGUCUGUGGUAAAUACUGAGGUGAUAGGGAUCUACCACGAUGAUUGAAAAUUUGGAAAGAUGGUAAAUUACGCAGUGUUUCCCACGAUUUGCUUUCCAAGUCAACGGCAGCUCGUAUCUCUUUGAAGUCACCA